AUGAAUCAAUUCAAAUUAUAUCAGAUACGACGUGACGACCAACUCGAAGCUAUGCCUUUAUUGUUAGUCGACGAAGCUUAUUUAUGGCUCGUGGAAAACAUCGAAGCUAUUCCCAACUUCGAAGUAUUCACCAAAUUAUUUCUUGGACAAUUUGCAUCGACAGCAACACCAACGGCAAGUUCCACCAAGGGUACUGUUGCACCAGUGACUGUUGUACCUGACCAUUCACCUGCAUCGCAUUUGCAAAGAACCAUAGCUGAUGAAAUAAUCAAACGACCAACAUAUUUUCGUGGUUCACAAGAUGAUGUACACGAUUGGUUGGAGAAAUUGGAACAACGAUUCGCAAUGGCACAUUGGAACGAUGAGGACAAGUUACGAUACAUAUCAAUACAUCUACAAGAUGAUGCCUAUCGAUGGUGGAUGCAAACAUCCACUACGAUAAAGACUUGGUCUUCGUUCACAGAUGCAGUCGUGCGUGCUUUUGGCUCAACACGAGCACAAGAAUUGGCAUUUGAACAAUUGAAAUGGUACAAACAAACCAUCAACCAGUCUAUUACUCAAUAUUAUGAAAAAGUUAUUGAACUAUGUAAAAAAGUCGAUCCUGCAAUGCCUGAUUCCUUGAAAUUAAAAUAUUUGAUGGCUGGAAUCAAGGAAUCAUUGAAAACACACGUUGCAUUACAAGAUCCGAAAUCAACUGAAGCAUUUUUAUCAUUAGCACGAAAAGUUGAAGAUAUUUUUGCACUUAAACAAGCCGAUCAGGAUACUGCUGUAAAUGAUACUUAUUUGAAUGCAACCACUUAUCAAAGUCAACCAAAUCAAACGAACUUCACACCAACGUCGAACAAUAAUUUCUAUCGAAGUAAUUCUCGACAUCCAACGGCACCAAAUAAUCGUCCGAUGUAUAAUCGAAACACAUCAAGUACAUACAAUGGUAACCGGCAAAGCAAAUCUUCGAAGUAUACAAAGUCAACACAACGAUCGAAUGCAUGUUUUAACUGCGGUACUCUUGGCCAUUAUGCCCGAGACUGUACCCGUCCGCAUUUUCAAUAA